GGUAUUAAAAGAAGUAAAACAGAGGGAAACUAAAAGCAAACGAGUGGUGGAGGAUGGGAAUGGCCACCACUGACCACAAACUAUAACUCACCAAAACUAUUUUUCUUAGACCUUAAUUGUGCAUUGAAUGCUACAAAUCACAGCCCUUCUUUGCUCCAUUGUCUAGUCAUCUAGUAUCUUCUUUUCUCUUCUCUUCUGUACUACCUGCCUUCAGAAAACUGUCGAUUCAAUUUUACCUGCUUUUUCUCUUCUCAAAUUGUUGCACAGUACUAAUACUCGACAAACUAGGAAUUAAUUUGUGUUUCUUUGUGGGUUUUCUUUUUUAAUGUGUUUUUGGGGUUUCUGGGUUUGUCUUUUUUGAUCAAGAAAUGGGUACACAGGAAAAAGAUCAAACCUUUGUUGUAGAUGCUGCAGUUGAGGAGAAAUCUAGCGAUACCCAUCAAAAUUUUCGUCAGAUUCUUCUCAUUUCUGCUGGUGCUAGUCACUCUGUUGCUCUUCUCUCUGGAAAUGUGGUUUGCUCUUGGGGAAGAGGGGAAGAUGGACAACUAGGCCAUGGAGAUGCCGAGGAUCGAUUUUCACCUGUGCGAUUGAGCGCAUUAGAUGGUCAUGAGGUGGACUCAAUUACUUGUGGGGCUGACCAUACCCUUGCAUAUUCUGAGCCUCAUUUGCAAAUCUAUAGUUGGGGAUGGGGGGAUUUUGGGAGACUAGGUCAUGGAAACUCUAGUGAUCUAUUUAUUCCUCAACCCAUCAAGGCACUUGGUGGUAACAAGAUCAAGCAAAUUGCUUGUGGUGACAGCCACUGCUUGGCAGUUACUAUGGAUGGGGAGGUAGCAAGUUGGGGAAGGAACCAAAAUGGUCAGAUUGGAAUUGGCAACACUGAGGAUUCUCUCGUCCCUCAAAAAAUUCAAGCCUUCCAGGGAAUACCCGUGAAAAUGGUGGCUGCUGGUGCUGAACAUAGUGCUGCUGUCACAGAAGCUGGUGAGGUGUAUGGCUGGGGAUGGGGCCGAUAUGGAAAUUUGGGCUUAGGAGACAGAAAGGAUCGUUUGGUUCCUGAAAAAGUUUCUACAAUUGAUGGUAUAGAGAUGAAUCUUGUUGCAUGUGGAUGGAGGCACACAAUAACUGUUACCUCUUCUGGUAGUAUAUACACUUAUGGAUGGAGUAAAUAUGGUCAACUAGGGCAUGGGGAUUUUGAAGAUCACUUAAUUCCCCACAAGUUGGAAGCUCUGAGCGGCCAAAUCAUUUCUCAGAUAUCAGGUGGUUGGAGACAUACCAUGGCAGUGACUUCCGAGGGAAAGCUUUACGGUUGGGGAUGGAAUAAGUUUGGACAGGUUGGUGUGGGCGAUUAUACUGACCGUUGCUCUCCUGUGCAAGUUUCUUUUCCCAAUGAUCAGAAAGUAAUGCAAAUAUGUUGUGGGUGGAGACACACUUUGGCUAUUACAGAGAGAAACAAUGUGUUCUCUUGGGGAAGAGGUACUAAUGGACAGCUUGGGCAUGGCGACUCUGUUGACAGAAACUCUCCAAAGCUCAUAGAGGCGUUGAGCUGGGAUGGGUCGCGUGGUCAAAGAAUAGAGUGCUCUAAAGCCGAUCCAUCAGCAGGGAAAAUAUCAAUUCCGCCUUCAGAAAGAUAUGCUGUCGUCCCUGAUGAAACUGAGCAGGUUUCAGCAGCCGGGUCUAGAGACAAUGGCGAUGACGCGAGUGUCCCAGAAAAUGAUGUGAAACGGAUACGUGUAGACCAUGGACCUGUUUAAGGUAUUUAGGCAUUGGAACCUAUAUGUUUGCUUUAUGUAUAUAUACAUCGUAUUGGUGUUUAAGCUCUUGCUCGGGAUUUUUUUCGCUGUAUAUUCGAGAUCUUUUUGACCUGUAAAUUGCAGUUGGUUCAAAUUGAUGUUCUAGUUUUGAUUAUACAAACUAGCUUCAAGUGAACUGGAAAUGUUGCGUGUAAUUGACAUAGUUUCAAAAGCCCUGCAACUGGCUGCGUGAUAUUAAACUCGGUGAUCAAUACAAGACGUAUACAUGAUAUGAUAGGAGUAGGGGCGAAACCAGAAAAUAAAGAUCAAAGUGGUCAGGGAAUAUCGGAGCUUCCUUUAUCAUUAAACCACUGAAUUUUACUACUCUUGUGUAACAAUACUAGCAACACGCAAUUAAAUAAUUAGUAGAGGUUGAACUAAAAGAAAAUAAGCCAUGAAAGUGAUCCAUGAGAAUGGGUUGCGGGGUUGUGCUCCUAACCGCCCUCUAUGUGGCUUUGCGACUACUGAAUAUUUAUCAAAAUUUGAUAUCACCAAACUUCUCAAAGUGCUACGACCUAAUUUCAAUUUUCUACAAUACCGCCCACGUAUGUUAUAGCUUUGUAGCAAAAAUCGACCUAAUUUACUUUUUUAGGGAUUCUUUACCUUAAAAAUCAAGUUGGCAAUUUCAACGGUUUUCCUUGUAGUUGUGAUUCAGUCUAAAAAAAAUAUUGAACCCAAAAUAUUGGGAUCGGCUAUAUAAACCAAUAAAUCAGUUCUGGUGGUCGUUCACACGAGUUCUUUAUUUUCUCUACCAUCUCAAUUUGUAUGUCUUCCAGCCUCCAAGUCAUCUUUGCCCUCAUUUUACGUGUCACGAGUUUCAACUUUCUAUCUUCAUUAUAGGUUUACUAAUUACUAUCUCUGAACAUGUCUAAACAAUCUU